AUGAAGUCAGUAUUGGAGGCAGCCAACCUGCCUUCCCAGCACCCCUACGCCCAGGUGGCUCAACCUCUGCCCCCACUAUCACCCGGAACCACAACCGGUCAGCCUAACCCUCCUCCCCAUCAUCCCUGUGCCCUGGCAACCCAAACCACCUUCCCACCAUCCCAGUGCCUUAGCGGACCAACCCGCAUCACACUGUCCUUGUACCUAGAAGGCCCAAUCCACCAACUUGCUAACCCACCUGGCCCAACCGGCCUCUCCACUCUCCACGCGGCCUGGCGACCUAAACCACCUUCCCUACAGUUCCUGUACCAUGCUGUCCCAACCCACGUACACUCUGUUCUCACACCAAGCCGGUCCAACCCACCUACUCACUGUCCCUGCACCAUCCUGACCAACCCACCUACCCACUGUCCCUGCACCACACCGGCACAAACCAUCUACCUACUGUCCCCGCACCACACCGCUCUAACCCACCUACCCACUUCCAACCAGCCUCCCAACCGUCCACACACCCUGGCGGCCCAACCCUCUUCCCCACAGUCCCCUUGCCCUGGCGGCCCAAUUUGCCUCCUCACCAUCCCUGGACCCCAGGAGCCCAAACCGCCUCCCAACAGUAUCCCUAUCUGGACGGCCCAUCCUGCCUCUCCACUGUCCCCAGCUGCCCAACCCAACACCCCACCAUCCUUGCGCCUCGGCAACCCAACCCACCAGCCCCUGUCCAGAAAGCCCAACCCACCUUCUGACUGUACCUGCUCUGCCACAGACCAACCUGCCUGCCCACUGUCCCACUGCCCGAGCUGCCCAACCCACCACUCCUAUGAACCUGCGAUACAAUGGCCCAAAUUGCCUUCCCACUGCCCUGGCUCCCUGGUAUGCCAACCCAACUCCCAACCGUCAUUGCACUCCGGCGGACCAACCACGCCUCCCCACCGUCCCCCUGCACCAGCGGCCCAUGGGAGGCUGAGCUGA